AUGCCGCCCCCAGUGCCGCCCCCGGCGCCGCUCCCGGCGCCGCCCCCAGCGCCGACGCCCCCCGGAUUCGCCCCUCCUCCCGGCGCCGCCCACCCCUUUCGCCGCAAGGCCAUCCCCUCCAGAGCGCUGCCCGGCAGUUCGUGGACGUACCGCUGCUGCUGCUACUGUUGUUGUCGCUGUCCUCCCGCAGAGGGCGCCGCCUGCUGGGACGACGCGGCCGCCGCCCCCGGCACCUGCCGCAGGGUCCGCCACUGCCGCAGCGCGCUCGGCGCCAUCCUCGAGCGCCGGCCGCUGCCGCGCCGCUGCGGCUUCGUCGGCUUCGACGAGGUCGUCUGCUGCACGGACGACCAGCGCGACGACGACACGGGGCGCGACGAGUACGACGGCGGCGUCCCGGCUGACUGCUGGGAUCGGUACGACGACGGAGACGACGAGGUCCGAGAUCCGUACUGGGACGCCGGUGACAACGACAUCUGGGCAGACGAGGGCCGCGCGGGGAUCGAGGAGGAACGGCCCAGUGUAGCAGCCUGCCGCAAAUACAAAAACGAGCGGAGCGGCCCUGAGUUCUACAUUCUCCUAGGCAAACUGGUUGGCCAACUCGAAUUCCCACACAUGGCGGCGCUGGGCUUCAACGUCCCCAACACGGAGGGCCUCAGCUGGCUGUGCGGAGGGACCCUCAUCAGCGACCAGUUCGUCCUCACCGCGGCCCACUGCUGCGCCAACAGGGUCACGGGCAGACCGGUGGCAGUACGCCUCGGGACAGUCGAUCUGACGUCCACAGGAGAUUAUGGCGCAGACUACGGGAUCUCGGAGAUCGUGCUGCACCCCAGCUACAGGAAGCGGCGGUCCUACGGCGACAUAGCGCUGCUGAGGCUGGACAGGAGGGUGGAGUUCAGCGACGCCGUCUUCCCCGCCUGUCUCAACACGCAGGACGGAGACCCGCCGAGCUUCACUGCCGCCGGCUGGGGCGCCACGAACGCUGCCGGAACGCGAAUGAGCUCAACGCUUCUGAAGACCACAAUUUACCCAUUCCCGUUAUCGGACUGCCAAAACGCUUAUAAGGACAAAUUUCCAAGAGAAAUUGACUCAUCAAUAAUAUGUGCCGGAGAUCCAGAAGGAAAGACUGAUACCUGCGGGGGAGAUUCUGGAGGACCUCUGGUCAUGGGGAAGUCGGCACCUUACACGGUUGUGGGCAUCACUAGCAUGGGUCCAAAACCGUGUGGAGGUAAUGUGCCCAGUAUUUACACCCGUGUGUCCCAUUACAUUGACUGGAUAGAAGAUCACGUCUGGCCCUGACAUGAGAGGACAAACGUCAAGGAUUUCUCAAGCACGUUUACGGAUGUGUUGUCUCUUGCAUUCAAACUUUACCAAAGAUUUUUAAGUUUUAUGUCAUUAAUGUUUAAUGGCCCUCACUUGUUUUAAGUAGUUGUGUACCUUGAAGUUUCUGAACAUUGUCGACAAUAGAGUGUACUUAAGGUGUACUGCGUUACCUACGAAUUGUGUUACAGAACUUCUACGCUGUAGAGCGUGUCAGAUUAAUACGUGUAGUACCAAGUACUCUGCAGUGACUGUGUUUACGCUGCUUUUACAUUCUCAAAAAUUAAUUGUUUUGAUGAAAUUCAGCUUUAACUGAACUGCGGUAAGAUGAACUGUUCAACUUGGUACUGCCAUCUAAGUUAUCAUGCAGUGAAGAUAUUCACACUGAAGAUUCAAUGGUGAAAGAAGAUGAAAAGUGUUUAUUGCAAGUCAAAGACUGAUAAUUACUGUCUGUGAUAGAUGUACCCAUUCACAUAAAUUAGUACGAGUAGGUUACAAAAAAAAAGAAGACUGAUAUUUAUUAUAUAAAACUGUGAUAUAUUUCCAGCAAGACAUUUCAGUUCCGUUAGAACUACUGGUGGUUUGUUUAUAGGGAACAAUGUCUUACCAUAUUAAAUGUACUCUGUGUUUUCUACUUGA